AUGGCAGUCCUGGUUUUUGUUUCAGAAAUAACUUUGGCCGUCAUCUUGACUCUACUGGGAUUUGCCAUUCUGGCUAUUUUGUUAACAAGAUGGACACAACGCAAGCAAAAGGAAAUUGAUGUCUCAAGAUACAGUUCUGAACAAAUGCAAUUCACAGCACCUAUUCCUGGAGCUACGGGACCUAUCAAGCUCUCUCAAAAAACCAUCGUGCAAACUCCAGGACCUAUUGUAAGGCAAGAAGAACCAGCACAUGUAGCAGUACCUAUCAUUACUCCAAUAUCUAUUGUAAUUGGUCCAGUAGCAGCUGUGGACAGUUCUGGAAAAAUCACCCUAUCUCCUAUGGUUAUAUUUCCAGGUUACAUGGAUGGAGAACUUGCAAAAAAAUCAGAUUCCAAAGACCAGAUUCUAAAAAGUAGAGGCACUACAAAGUUUCAGAGUAGCCAAGAAAACAAGGGAGCACUAAAGAAGGAAAUUUUAUUCACAAAUUCUGAUAAAAGCUUGACAUCAAUGCACAAAAGAGAGUCAAAAAGGAAAGCAAAAGACAUUGAGUUGGAGAAAGGUGAAAUAGGAAUGGAGGUCAAGGUAAAGGACAGUGAUGCCACAAUAAUGAAAAGACAAGAAUCCCAAGUAAAAGUGAGUGACAUGAGAAUGACAAAAGAACUGGAAGCCCAAGAAGAGAAAAGUGAGGCUGAAAUACCACAAGGGCAGGAACCCCAAGCAGAGAAGAGUGAGACUGAAAUACCACAAGGGCAGGAAGCCCAAGCAGAGAAGAGUGAGGCUGAAAUACCACAAGGGCAGGAACCCCAAGCAGAGAAGAGUGAGGCUGAAAUACCACAAGGGCAGGAAGCCCAAGUAGAGAAGAGUGAGGCUGAAAUACCACAAGGGCAGGAAGCCCAAGUAGAGAAGAGUGAGACUGGAAUACCAAAAGGACAGGGAUCCAAAGUAAAGAAGAGUGAGACUAGAAUACCAAAAGGACAGGGAUCCAAAGUAAAGAAGAGUGAGACUGGAAUACCAAAAGGACAG